CAAAAAAUAAAAAAACCAAAAUUACAAACACAAAAAAAUGGGUGCAUUUCAGGCACCCAUUUCCCAUCUUCAUCUUCUUCUCUCAAACCCUCACAAAAUCCUCAAAAACAACCCAAAAAUCCCCUCACUUCUCACCACCACAACCACAAGGCGCUUGCUUCUCUUAUCUCUCCCUCUUUCUUCCACUCUUCUUCUCCCUCCAAAUCAACCCACUUCUCUUGCUGCCACUUUUGACCCACUUUCUCAGUCUGAGAAAGACGCCAGUGGCGCUGUCUCCCUCAGACUGUCAGAGGCUUUAGACUUAUUGGAGAAAGGCAGAGAAUUGCAGGCUCUUGGUGACUUUAAUCAAGCCCUUCACUACUUUACUCUUGUGGUUAAGAAUUACAAAGACUUUGCAUUCUCUGAGUAUGCAAGAGUGGGAAGAGCACUGGCCUUGUAUGAAGUUGGUGACAGAGAAGAAGCUAUUGCAGAAAUGGAGGAUGUUUCCAUUUCUUUGAAGGGAUAUCCAGAGGUGCAUGCAGCUCUAGCCGCAGCCCUGUAUGUGGACAAGCAUGCCCCAUUGCUUGCAGAGAACCAAUUCACAAUUGCAACUCUACUUGAUCCCCACUACACAGACCUCUCAUAUGUCAAAGAUACAAAGCAUUGGCCUCCAAGUUUGGUUAGUUCUCUGCAACACUUCAUCACACUUUCUUAGGAAUAUUUCACAUAUAUAAGUGUAUAAUAUUUUACAGCUGGCUAUGAAUUUUUUUUUUUUUUUAAAUUAAAGCAAGAUUAGAAAUCCAACACAACAGUAAAUUAUUGUAUGUUGUAUAUUCCAAUACAUUAUUUACAGUGAAAAUGUUACAUGGGAGAGUACUUGCAAUUUA